CUCUGUCACAAAUUUUAUUUACGUAUUUGUCAAACUUUUUCUCCUCGUCCAGAUUUUUGAAACAUACGUUAUUGUAUUCGAUUUAAUUUGUUUAGUUUUAUUUUUAUGAGCACCUCGCUAUGGCGCCGAAGAAGAAGGAUGCUACCAACAAGUCUCGCGGGAACCUAGCUGAAGAUGACGCCCUAGACUGGCUCAAACCGCGGACUCUCAUCAAGCCUGAUGACCAGGAAGAAGUGCCCGAAGCUGAUUUGGAAGAAGAAGUAGGUCGCAUUCUGACCACGAUCAACCCUCAAUGGGUCGCUGAUGAAGUGGCGUACCACUAUGGGAAAGGCAAAUUUAUGGUUAAACCGAAACCGACGUAUGGGAAGGCGUACCCGUUGUACGUUCAUCAGGGUACGGCUAUACGGAAGGAUUCUGAUGAGGCCAAAGCUCAGAUUGCUGCUGGAUAUGGUAUGGUCAGUUUUGAUGACGCUGGACCGAAAAGAGUGAAAGUCAAGAAGACGAAAACCGAAGAAGAGGAGGAAGAGGAACCAGAACAAGAACCGGUUACUACAGAAGAAGCUAAAGGAGAUGAGGAUCAAGUCCAGGAAGAAGAAAAGGCUGCAGCCCCUGAUGAGGCACCGGAGGAGAAACCAGCAGAAGCGGCGGCAGAGGAGCCUAAAGCAGAGGAAGAAGCAGUCGCUGCUGAAGAGGGACAGGAAACUGAAGAGAAGGAAGCGGGACAAGAAGAUCAAAUGGUGCAAGAGGAAUAUCUCGACAUUAAGCCUCGAGUGAAGAAGCUGGCCAAUCAGUUCAACUUCUGUGAGAGAGCGGCUCUCACAUACACCUACCCUAGACGGUCUGUGGAGACCCAAACAAUCCCGCCGCCCAGAGCCAACUUCGGGGCUACAGCGCUCCAAUGCAUUAUAUUCGACUACUAUCAAGAAGAUUAUGCCAGGAAAAUGAAAGAAAAGGAAGAAGAAAAGCCUAAAAGGCUACGAAAGAAGAAAACCAAACACGUGAAGUCGGAGCAGCAGAUCCAUGAUGAGCGAUUGGCGCAAAGGAUCCGAGAAGCCUGGGCUAUCCUUGAGAGGCUCGUCAACCAGAACAUUUACGAUGACAUUGCCCAAGAUUAUCGUUACUGGGAUGAUCCAUCAGACGAGUUCCGUGAAGGUAUGGGCUCGUUGCUGCCUCUAUGGAAGUUCCAAUUUGAUCCUAUGCGGAGCCACGCCGUCUGUGAUGUGCAGUGGAACCCACACUAUCAAGAUCUGUUCGCAGUCGCUUAUGGAUCGUUGGACUUCACAUUACAACAGAAGGUGGGUUGCCUCUGCCUGUACAGCAUCAAGAACCCAGCAUACCCGGAGUAUGCAGUGAUCACAGAGUCGCCUGUCAUCUGCCUUGAUGUUUACAAGGAAAUACCCUACCUUAUCUGUGUUGGAUUGUACGAUGGCAACGUGUGCGUAUACAAUGCUCAGUUAUCACUAGAGUCCUCUUAUCAAUACAAAUCUAACUCAGUGCGGGAUAAACACAGCAACAUAGUGUGGGAGAUUCGCUGGGGACCACGCCUGAUCGAUGGAGAGCCCUCAUUCUUUUCUAUAUCUGGUGACGGACGCGUGGUGCAAUGGGCAGUGAUGCCGGGAGAGCUCCAGGCCACAACCAUCAUCACGCUGACCUCCAACGUACCACCAAUACCGGGACCCGACGGGACCAUGCUCACUGUUAACAGUUGCGGUAGCUGUAUCUGUUUCCACCCUGAGAGGACGGAGAUCUUCAUGGUGGGCACAGAAGACGGUAUGAUCCACACCUGCUCCCUCAAGUACAACAGGAACUACGUACGCUCCAUCCAAGGGCAUCACAUGCCCGUCUACAGGAUACAUUACAACAACUACAAUAACAGCAUCUACGCCUCAUGUUCUGGUGAUUGGAGAGUCAAGAUUUGGGAGGAUGGGAGAGAUGAGCCCCUGUUCAUGUUCGAGCUUGGGUCUCCAGUGGGUGAUGUGAAGUGGGCUCCAUACUCCAGCACCGUGUUCGCAGCCUGCACUGCUGAUGGAAAGGUGUACGUUUAUGACCUGAACGUGGACAAAUACAGGCCGAUAUGUGUGCAAGCAGUAGUAUCGAAGAAGACAAAGAAACUCUCCAGGGUUGAUUUUAACUCGAAACUGCCAGUCAUCGUCUGCGGAGAUACGAAGGGCACGUGUCACGUACUGAAGUUAUCGCCGAAUUUAAGAGUAAUGUGUAAACCGCCCAAAAAAGCCCAAGGAAUUGACCAACGGACACUACAGAUAAUGAAACUGGACAAGCUCCUAAGUUUAGUCCGCGACCCGCCAUUCCAAACCGGAGUAGUCGAUGAGAAGUUUGAAGACGACUGAAACCGCAAAUGCCCACAAAAUGUAUUUCUAGCUAUAAUAAAUAAUUUCUAAAAUAAAACACAUAUUUACUUGUAUUUGUAUUAAUUAUUCUAAUAAAGCUUUGAAAUUAAAUUUUAAACUUAAUCUAAUACAAUGAAAAGUGCCCAAAAAGAAAGGCACGUUGAAAAUGCACUUUAGGAUAAACUCUCAAAAACGAAACAACGCCAUUUUGAAUGGACGCCAUUUUUCUUAAUGGCCUGUACAUAGAGGUGAGUUUCAACGCUAAACCAUAAUAAAUAAAUAAAAUAAAAAAAAUACGCUGUACCAUAAACGCUAUACAAACAUUUUAGCAAUAAAAACAACUCCAUAGCUGCCGUGCAAACUAAAAUCAAUAUGACUUAUAAGUACUAUCUUCGUAUCUGACGUAAUAUCGGCCCUUAAAAGCCAUUGUGAAAUAAAGAGCAUUAGAUUUUGAUUGAGACUAGAAUAAUAUCGAAAGAAUGGUAGCUCACAAUUUGUAAUAAUUUUGAG